AAUUAGCGCUGUGAGGGAUCUCUCCUGGCGGCAGGGCCCGUCCUCCUUGGUUUUCGGUAAGGGGGCGGACCGUGUAGUGAGUGCACCCAAUGGAGAUCAACGCUGUGGUGAUUGGCGGCUAUGGGACCCAAUGGGCGCUGGUCCGUGGAAAGCAGGUGCCGGGCGGGGCGGAAGAGGCGGCUGGACUGCUGGUGAUGGGGCUGCUGACUAUUCUGAAGAAGAUGCGACAGAAGGAGCGGGAGCUGCGGCUCCUCAUGCUUGGCCUAGACAAUGCUGGCAAAACCACCAUCCUGAAGAAGUUCAACGGGGAGGAUAUCGACACCAUCUCACCCACACUGGGCUUCAACAUCAAAACUCUGGAGCACCGGGGGUUCAAGCUGAACAUCUGGGAUGUGGGCGGACAGACAUCCCUGCGCUCCUACUGGCGCAACUACUUUGAGAGCACAGAUGGUCUCAUCUGGGUGGUGGACAGCGCUGACCAGCAGCGCCUGCAGGUCUGCAAGCAGGAGUUGCAGAGCCUCCUGGUGGAAGAGCGCCUGGCCGGAGCCACCCUGCUCAUCUUCGCCAACAAACAGGACCUGCCGGGAGCACUGUCCUCCAAUGCCAUCCGGGAGGCCUUGGAACUAGACAGCAUCAAAAGCCACCAUUGGUGCAUCCAGGCCUGCAGUGCCUUCACUGGGGAGAACCUGCUGACGGGGAUCGACUGGCUCCUGGAUGAUAUUUCCAGCCGGAUCUUCACCACGGACUGACCAUGCCCCAGACUUGGCCCCCUCCUUUGUGCGGGGGCUGCAAGAAUGGGGGUGGGGCUGCAUCCAAGCUUUGAACAGAGUUCCCAGGACCAUGUGGCUGUUGUUUCCAUGGACCCUCUCAUCAUGCUUUCCUCCAACAGUCAGUCACCGGGACAGCAACUCCCCUUGGAUUCGGCUUAGAUCCCAGCUGCCCCCUGGAUUGACGCAUGGCUUAGUGCCCCUGGCCUGGGUCUCGUGCAUGCGUUUCAGGGUUUGAGCCUUUAAUGCUGGCAAUCAGUUCGACCCAAAUGAAGGGGGAAGCUGGGGAAGCAGAGGGACCAGGCCAUUUAUAGUUGUGGGGGCUGACGCCCCAUCACUGGAGCACAAGGCCUGUGUGAGUGGGACUGGUAGAGAGGCACCCCCCCCCAAAAAAAAAAAACAAAAACAAAAAACCAAACAAACAAAAACCCAAACCACCUCUGUAUCAAACAUUCACUCACAUUUUUCAUCUCCUGCGCUAAUAAAAUCAGUGGCCUAUGUCCUGGCUAUGCCUGGAUUCCUUGACCCUGCAUGGAUUGCCUUGUGGUUUUGGCUUAUUGUGCCAGCUUCACCUGAGAGAUGGACUUCCCCUAGGGGUGGCUCUAGAUGCCCAGCUACAGCAUCUGUUUCUCACAUGGGCUUAGUGAUGCCUGUAUAUUUUUUUUUUCCUGCCUCAGCUGAGUUGCAGUUGGGGGCAGGGGCACUCAAGAGGCUGGGGGUGAGGGGGGAGUUCUGCAAGGAUCUCCCUCACCCUCCCACUCUAUCCUGAACCUGCUGUGGUUUUAAGCAGAGAGAUUCACUUCCUGUUCUUAACUGUUACUAUGAGCUAUUAAACAGCUCCCUCUGUCCCAGUCAGUGGUGGCUGCAUCUCAGAGCCAAUCAAGGGAUCACUGAAUAAACAGCCCCUGCUCCCCACCUCAGAGGGGGCUACAUCUCAGCACUGAGUGAGGGAUCCCUGUAGAAACAGCUCUUGUGCCCCACCCCAGAGGCAGCUGCAUUUUAGUGAUUGAGAAAGUUAAUCUCUGUCAAAUACAGUUUAAUAAUUCACCUCUUUCCAGUGCAUUUAAUCUCAUUUUGCUCUGCAAACUCUGCACUCACCCUCAUUGUGCUGCAGCAACCUCUGGGAUGGAGAAGGGAUAGGAGAGCCAUGAGAGGUGCUGUUUUGGCCAAGGUCCCUGCGGCAGUGGGAAGCCCUGGGCUGCUGCAGACAUGCCCUCUGGUUAGCUGUGUCCGUACAGCAAUGGCAAGACCUCGACUUUAAGGAUGUACCUCAAAGAUGCCCCCCCAACAUAGAACUGCGAGGGCUGGAGCAGCCUGGCUGGGGUUGGAAUGGGACAUGGGGAUUGAGGUUCCAGAGAGCAAACCUUAUUCCUAGCUCUUUGCUCUGCUUGUAAAGCCCAUCAGCAUUAGAAGGGCGACACCAUUUUUCUCCCUACUCUCUAUUUACC